UUCUCCGUUGUUUUUUUUUUCUUCUACCUUCAACUCGCGAAAUGCCGCUUGGAAUGCAAUUUGCGCUGAUAAAUAACCUCAAAUUUUUAAAUAUUUACAAAAAUGCAAAAGAACGCCGCCAGUAACUAUAGUAUCUCAUAAACAAACUUAAUCAUUUCGCUACAAGCGUUUGUUUGUUUGAUAAACUAAGUCACUUUGCGUUGCGUGAAAUUGCAACUGUUUUCCAAGUGAGAGCUUCAAACAAGCAUCCAUUGUGAUUGCAGAUUGCAACAUGUAAUUGAACUGAGAAUAGAUCAAUGGUUUCAAAAAUGGGCAAAGGUGCAGGAGAUGGCCAAACAAAUGGCCAAGCAGUGUCAAAAAAGCCUAACUCCAUUGAGAAUACCUACCAGAAAAAAUCUCAAUUAGAGCAUAUCUUGUUACGUCCUGACACAUACAUUGGAUCUGUUGAACAUGUUACAGAAAAUAUGUGGGUGUAUGAUGAAGAGAAGAAGACCAUGGUACAGAGGGAUGUGACUUAUGUUCCAGGUUUAUACAAAAUAUUUGAUGAAAUUCUGGUAAAUGCUGCUGACAACAAGCAAAGAGACAAAAAUAUGGACUGCAUUAAAAUAGAGAUUAAACCAGAGGAGAAUUUAAUUUCUGUCUGGAAUAAUGGACAGGGUAUUCCAGUGGUCAUGCACAAGGAGGAGAAUAUGUAUGUACCAACCAUGAUCUUUGGCCAUCUGUUAACAUCAUCGAAUUAUAAUGAUGAAGAAGAAAAAGUCACAGGUGGCAGGAAUGGUUAUGGUGCAAAAUUGUGUAAUAUCUUCAGUACCAAGUUCACGGUGGAGACAUCCUCUUAUGAGUACAGACAAAAUUUUAAACAAACAUGGGGAAGCAACAUGACUAAAGCUUCUGAACCCAAAGUGAAGGAUUCAAGUGGUAAUGACUUUACAAAGAUCACCUUUUGUCCGGAUCUUUCUAAGUUUAAAAUGGAGAAACUGGACGAUGAUAUUGUUGGUCUUAUGUCUCGCAGAGCUUUCGAUAUAGCCGCUUCCACGAGAGGCGUGAAAGUCUUUUUAAACGGGACAAGAGUACCAGUCAAGACUUUCAAAGAUUACAUUGAUUUUUAUAUAAAGUCCAACGAAGAAGCCGUUGAAAACGGAACGACACCUAAAAUAGUCCACGAAAUAGUCAAUGAUAGAUGGGAAGUCGCUAUGACUUUAUCCACUAAAGGCUUUCAACAAGUAUCAUUUGUGAACAGUAUCGCAACCACGAAAGGUGGUCGUCACGUCGAUUACAUCGCAGAUGCCCUUUGCAAGCAAAUAAUGGAGGUGGUCAAUAAGAAGAACAAAAACGGAGCCAAGAUUAAGAAUUUCCAAAUCAAAAGCAACAUGUGGAUAUUUAUAAACUGUCUGAUUGUCAAUCCCACAUUUGAUUCGCAAACGAAAGAAAACAUGACUUUACAAGCAAAAAGUUUUGGGUCCAAGUGUGCUUUGUCCGAAAAAUUUGUUAAUAAUGUUAUUAAAACGACGGGAAUCAUUGAAAUGAUUUUAUCCUGGGCCCAGUUUAAGGCUCAAUCUCAGCUGGCAAAAGCUUCAGGUAAAAAGCAAUCGAAAAUUAAAGGUGUCCCUAAAUUGGAGGAUGCCAACGAAGCUGGAACAAAGAACGCUAUGAAAUGUACGCUGAUCUUAACUGAGGGAGAUUCAGCCAAAUCUUUGGCCGUUUCUGGACUCGGUGUUAUAGGACGCGAUUACUAUGGAGUAUUCCCACUGCGUGGUAAACUUUUGAAUGUACGCGAAGCCACGCAUAAGCAGAUUCUUGAGAAUGCUGAAAUCAACAACUUGAUCAAAAUUUGUGGCCUUCAAUAUAAUAAGAAGUACAGAACUGAAGAUGAUAUGAAAACAUUAAGAUAUGGAAAGAUUAUGAUAAUGACUGAUCAGGAUCAGGACGGAUCCCAUAUUAAAGGACUCUUAAUCAAUUUUAUACAUUACAAUUGGCCGGAUUUAUUAAAGAUGAAUUUCUUAGAGGAAUUCAUCACGCCCAUUGUUAAGGCCAAGAAACGCAAUUCAGAGCUUUCCUUUUAUUCACUGCCCGAGUUUGAAGAAUGGAAAAAGAAUACCGAUAACCAUUCAACGUAUGAAAUCAAAUACUACAAAGGUUUGGGUACUUCGACCUCUAAGGAGGCGAAGGAAUAUUUUUCGAACAUGGACCGUCACAGGAUCAGGUUCAAAUACAACGGUCAGCAGGACGAUGAUCAUAUCAUAUUGGCGUUCAGUAAGAAGCAUAUUGAGCAUCGUAAGGAGUGGCUUACAAACUUCAUGAUAGAAUCAAAGCGCAGAAAGGAAUUGGGUAUCGCAGAGAAUUAUUUGUACACGAAGGAUACGAAAUGCAUCACGUACACCGACUUUAUAAAUUUGGAACUGAUUUUGUUUUCGAACAUGGAUAACGUUCGGUCUAUUCCGUGCCUGGUCGACGGGUUAAAACCUGGUCAGAGGAAGGUAAUUUUCACUUGCAUCAAGCGUAACGAUAAGAGGGAGGUGAAGGUAGCGCAAUUGGCGGGUUCCGUAGCCGAGCAUUCGGCGUACCAUCAUGGUGAACAGUCUCUUUGUAUGACUAUCGUGGGUUUGGCCCAAAACUACGUAGGUAGUAAUAAUAUAAAUCUGCUGGAACCUCGUGGUCAAUUCGGAACUCGUCUAACUGGUGGCAAAGACUCUGCUAGCCCCAGAUACAUUUUCACGAAGAUGUCCCCACUUACACGUUUGAUUAUCCAUCCCAACGAUGAUCCACUUCUCAAACACGAGUAUGAUGACAAUCAGAAAAUUGAGCCUACAUGGUACAUUCCUAUUAUUCCGAUGAUUUUGGUAAAUGGCGCAGAAGGUAUUGGUACAGGUUGGAGUACGAAAAUACCCAACUACAAUCCCAGAGAGAUUGUAAGAAAUCUCAGAUGUUUGUUGAACAACGAAUCCGUGACGCCUAUGAUUCCUUGGUACAAAAACUACAGAGGGACUGUCGACGAUUGUGGAGACAGCAGAUACGUUACAAGCGGUGAAAUCGCGAUCAUCGAUGACGAGAAAUUGGAAAUUACAGAGUUACCAAUAUCCGUUUGGACGCAAACGUACAAAGAAAACGUCCUGGAAAUUUUAUUGAACGGUACGGACAAGGUGCCAGCAACUAUAACAGAUUACAAGGAAUACAACACUGAUACAACAGUAAAAUUUGUUGUUAAAGUAUCCAGGGCUGAAUUCAAUAAAGUCGAAAAAGAGGGAUUCCACAAAGUGUUCAAGUUACAAAACACCCUCUCGAUAUCUUCGAUGUGUCUAUUUGAUGAUUUAGGUUGUCUGAGGAAGUUUGAAUCUGUAAUGGAUAUAUUAAGCGAAUACUAUCAAUUGCGUUUAAAUUUGUACGUGAAACGUAAAGAUUAUCUAGAGGGAAUGUUGGAGGCUGAAGCAUCGAAGUUAUCAUUCCAAGCUCGUUUCAUUUUGGAAAAGUGUAACGGUGAUUUAGUGGUUGAAAAUAAGAAACGCAAAACGAUCAUAGAUGAUUUGCUUAAAGUUGGGUACCUUCCGGACCCCGUUAAAGAAUGGAAAGAGCGUCAAGCAAUUGAUGAAGAUGCUCCCUUACCAGAAGAUGAUGUCGUUGAUGAGGACGAAGCAGGUGCUUCGGAAAAGAAUUUCAGCAAGUUGACAGAUGUAAAGAAAUUCGAUUAUUUGCUCGGUAUGUCGAUGUGGAUGUUGACCGAUGAAAAGAAGAAUGAUUUGCUGAAACAGCGUGAUCAAAAACUAACUGAACUGGCUACGCUGAAGAAGAAGACAAAUGCGGAUCUGUGGCGGGAGGAUUUGGAUGCUCUUAUGGAAAAGCUGGACUCUGUCGAGGAAAAAGAGAGGAAAGACGAGCUUGGUGAGGUGAAAACGGCGGUGGUGAAAGGAUCCAAAAAGAAGGCCAACUUAAAUGAAACAAGGCCCACGGCGCACAGUGAACGCAUCGCUCCGAUUAUAAGUGAAGACAUGAAGAAGAAAAUUCAGACGGCGGCCAAGGCUAACCAAAGGAAGAUUAAGAAAGUUAAGAGCGAAGGUGGCACCGGCGAAGAAGAAGAUGAAUUUGAUAACAUGGUGAAGAGUACUAAGACCAUUAAGGAUAAAGUGGGUACACCGGAAUCAGUCGAAGCUAAAAACAAACGAGGAAAAAAGAAGGCCCCGUCCAAAGAUGGUAUGAAACAAACAACUCUUAACUUCACGAAAGUCAGUCCUAAAGCUAAUGGUAAAGGCAAAGGAAAGAAAAAGAACUUCUCCGAUGACAGCGCAAGCGGUUCCGAUGAAGAAUUUGUGGCGAACGUUUCAUCUCCACCAAAAGAUCGGUCAAGGCGUAACAUUACACAGAAGAAGUACAAUAUCGAUGAUUCCGAUGCAAGUAAUCAUGGCAUCGAAAAUGAUGACGAUGAUGACUUGGAAUUGCUCGAUAACGAAGCUGUUACCAAGGAUAAUAGCGUGAAGGAGGCUAUGAUUAUAAACAGCGACAGCGACGAGGAGCCAACACCACCACCUAAGAGUAUGGAUAACAGCGAGGUUCUAUUCGAUGAGCUUAUCGGCAAGAAAAAGACACCUGCCCCGAAGAGGAAACGAGCGAUUAAGGACAAGUCGCAGGACGACAGCGACGAUGAUUUCGAAAUCGAUUCGAAGAAAACCAAGCCGAAGGCUUCCGCCAAAAAGAAGAAGGUGGUGGACAGUGACUUUGAAGAUGAGAUCUCCAGUCCACCCGUAAAACCCGCAGGUCGGGGACGCGCCAAGAAAGCCGCGAAGUACUUCGACGACGGUGAUUCCGAUUCUUUUUGAGGUAAACGGCCUAGGUGAAAAUUUGUUUAAAGAAUGAAAAGGAAUAGUGAGUAAUAAGAAUCUGAUGAAGAAGAAUGUUCCCCCUCCCACACAUACACACACAAAUUGUUUAUUUUUUAUAAGGAACAAGAUUUUAUUUUAGAGAAUUAUUAU